UUAACACGUAUUUAAUUCGCCGUGUUGUUUCGGUCGCGCCAUGGCCAUCGAUGCAUGGCCGCUGUGGUGUGGCCGUUCUGGCCAUGGCCGCCGCUUUGGCGUGUGGUUUCUGGCCAUUUCGGACCACGACGAUCACUCCACUUCACAAGACGAAUUGGUCACACCAAGAGGCACUGGCAUCGUCUUCGCUUCCGCAUUCGGUGAGCAACUGGUCCGCGUGGAUGGACACGUCACCCGAGACGGAGACCACGAGCGACAGCGCUUCCACGUCUUCCGGUUUUCCACCCGAAGCAGCGGCGGACUCCACGGUAACUAGAAGCGCCACUACUAGCGAUGCACUUGUUACUACUAGCGUCCUUGUUACUACUAGUAAGGCACCUGUUACUAGUAGUAAGGCACCUGUUACUAGCUUCACCGGUUCCUCCAUCGUUCCGGCUUCCACUUCGCACGACUUGGCCGUGGCCGUGGCCAUCGUCGGAGGGGCUCGGUCACUGCUGUGGAAUGCGGUGUGCAAAAACAUCAAGGAACGGCUGGUCAAUGGCCUGGCGGCAGAUGGGUGGAGGGUGGACGUCUUCCUCUUCCUGUCUUUGAGAGAUGAUGCCCGGCCCGGUCGGGUGGCGCGCAACUACCGCCCUGAGCAGCCACUUGGCGCUCCCCGCUCGGUGUGCUCCGCUCUUAGCGGUCAUGGGUGGGGCUCACUCGGACGCCCAUCGCGACGUUCCGUAGGUCCAGCCAUCGCUCAGCAUGCCCGCGGGUUGCAAACUUGUUUGUCAAGAGGCCUUCCCGUCGGCCGGGCAAUAGAUGGGGCAGUUCUUGCGCGUAAUGUGUGAAGCAGAAGCAGUAUCAAGCAGUAUCAAGCAGUAGAUGCUGAAAUAGAGCAAUUAGUAGCGAACAUCGCCUUCGCUUUGAGGAUGGCGUAUUGCCAAAAGCUGUUGAUGCCCGUGCACAGCGAAUGGAUGGAGUCGGUGUAUGUCCCUCCGCCCCACGGAUGCGCCAAGGGCCAAGAGCCCGGCUACACACGGAAAGUGAAGAAGAAGGAGAAGGAUCGAGCCGCUUCUUUGCGGGUCUUUUCGCAAUGCAAACGUUUGGAGAUCGCGUAUGACUUCAUCGAGACCUACGAACAGACGGUGCGGACCCAAUACACCGCCAUCGUGCGGGCGCGCCCAGAGACUUAGAGUUGCUAGCUGUUUCUAAUGGCUUCUUGUUACUACUAGUAAGGCACUUGUUACUAGAAGCGAUGCACUUGUUCCUAGUAGCUUCUUGUUUCUGUUUCCAAUAGCUUCUUGUUCUACUAGUAAGGCACUUGUUACUAGAAGCGAUGCACUUGUUCCUUGUAGCUUCUUGUUUGCAAAAAACUGCAGUUUGAGCAGAGCAUAUUUAUUCCACCUGCCCCUGGGAAGUAGCAACAGUCGCAAUCUGAAGGAUAGCUUCAUUCCGUCUCCAGGCUCCUUUCAUGUAUGGCAUGUCACAGCUCGAGCUGAGCGAGUGGGUGGCCUUCAAAGAAUGUGACAAGAGAAUCAGGUUGCAGCCAAAGCAUUCAUGUUGCAACGGACUUACUCGUUCGUCACGCGUAUCCAAAAAUAUGUGUGCCCAAGGUGUGGAACGGACGACUAUGGAACGUAAACAUCGGAAUAGGCGCUAAGCUCGCGCUUAGUCGUGAUUCUUGCCCGUGUAGGUGUUGUGAAUACUUGCUGUGUGCAUGAGUCGUUGAUUUUUCUGGCAACCUCGUGACUAUUAAACUUGAGCGCCCAAAAACACAAAUGAGCCCGCAGUAGGAACCUCAAACCUACCACAAAAAUAAACCUCAGCGGUCCCUUUCUUCAGUCGAUUUGCCUUUUCCAAAGAGACUUCACAAGGUACGCGCAAGGAUUGCUUAACAUCAACACCGGCCAAUGCAAAAAGAAUCACAAGGCACCCAGCCACCCAUAUCCCGAACGCAAAACAACAUGUGGGACUAGGCGCGCCAUUCCGGAAACGGUUCCAAAAUUGCUUCAAAAUCACAAUGUUCCGUCACGUUUUCCACGCAAUAAGUCGCAACAAAAUCAACUCACAUCACAGGCUUCCAAUCGAACAUUUACCACAUCUUGGCUCGCUGUGCUACCAAGCUAGUUCUGUUCUCAGGGGCGGGCCUAGGUCUCUUAAAUGAAUUGACGUUCAGCAAAAGCCUGGCAGUCCAGGAUACUGUCUAUCUUGAAACGGCGCCUCCGAUCUCUAGCUUCAACCUAUCCAAGUUUACUGUGUCUGCUGGAGCGUACGGCGAUCAUUGGCAUGUGGUGCACCGUGGGUGCCGGAUGGUGAGCCCGAAAUGUAUUCGCUGCCAAGAUGCUUUCAAUGACACAACUUGCUUCAGCUAUGGCCUCAAGAGCUUUGACUCGCGUAUCCAUGCUGUGCUGGCGCGAGAGGAAGAGAGAUCUUAUUUCGCGAAGCGUAGAAUCAAGCUGCCGCCUGGGCAAAGAAGCCAAAGCACUUUCUUGCGUUUGGAAUGUGAUCGUUGGUUAGAACGCUUGAGGACCUUUGGCCGACAAACUUUGGAUUGGAACAUCUGUGAGAGGGAGGCCUUUGGUUUCCUGCAAGCCCUCCCGCCGGAAAGGCUUCCGCUCCGCAACCAGACGGAAAACGCAGAUCGCCCGCGGCAUCGGUUUUUGCCUCACGUCCGCGCUUGUAUUUAAAUCAUUUAAGGCUUAAACUUGAAGCUCAAUGGUGAA